GCCUUAGUCUACGAGGAAAAAUUGAAAGUCAAUGACCAAAUUUUUCAGAUUUGGGAAAUUACCUACUUUGAUUCCUUUUUGGAUUUUGGUUCCACCUUUGAUCCCUCUCCCACAAAAUUGUUGUUCUAAUCAAAGUAUGUAACCGUUGUGAUAGUUACCAACUUACCGUUACUUACAGCGGUAGUUCCCAGUAGGUGUGAAGCCAAGAGAUGACAGCACAAUUAGCCGUUACCUCGUAAACAUUAACAGAGCGUGGGUUAAGCAAAAGCCGCUAAUUGCUUGCCAUGGAAAUCCUCAGUUGGUUUGAAAAUUGCUUGCCAUGGAAAUCCUCAGUUGGUUUGAAAAAUGCGCUAUCUCUCUCUCUCUCUCUCUCUCUCUCUCUCUCUCUCUCUGUAUAUAUAUAUAUAUAUAUAUAGUCUUUUCUUCUGACAUGCCACUUCCAUCACCAAAACUCACCAAAACCCAAAAGAGAAUAUCGAUGAUCGUUAAAAGAGCACACAGCCAUGACCAAACCCAUCUUCUUCUUCUUUUUCUUUCUAGCUUCUCUCAUCUUUUCGUCCCAUCACUCCUUUUUCACCAUUUGCAGUGCAGCACUUGAGGACUCUGAUGAAGUUGGUGAUGAAACUGCAUUUACUUAUCUUGAAGGAACUGGUAAAGGACCAAAGAAAUGGGGCCAAAUUGACCCACAAUGGAAAGUUUGUGACAACGGAAAAAUGCAAUCUCCAAUUAAUCUUCUUGACCAAAGGGUGAAGGUUUUCCCUAAAUUGGGGAAACUGAAAAGGGAAUACAAACCAGCUCCUGCUAUUGUGAAGAACCGAGGUCAUGACAUCACGAUGAGGUGGAAUGGAGAUGCAGGAAAAAUCAAGAUAAAUGGGACUGACUAUAGACUGCUACAAUGUCAUUGGCAUUCACCCUCCGAACACACAUUUAACGGAUCAAGGUAUGCUUUGGAGUUUCAUAUCGUUCAUGUAAGCUCUACCAGAAAGAUUGCUGUUAUUGGAAUUGUGUACAAAUAUGGUCGACCUGAUCCCCUCCUUUCAAAGCUGUUCCACCACAUAAAAUCAGUUGGAAAAGAAGAGGUUGACAUAGGGAUUAUUAAUCCUGGAGAUAUUAAGUUUGGAAGCAGAAAGUACUACAGAUAUAUCGGUUCUCUUACCGUUCCUCCAUGCACUGAGGGUGUAAUUUGGACAAUCGUCAAAAAGGACAGUUUCAAGGGAGCAAGUGCAUGCACUACGGGAGGCGGUUCAUGAUGGAUAUGAGGCGAAUGCAAGGCCAACUCAAGAACUGGAUGGAAGACCAGUGUUGUUAUACACUCCAAGGAAUAUUGGAGGUUCUGCUUAAUUAGAGAGAGAGAGAGAGAUGUGUUUUUCUUCUUUACCUAUAUAUAUUGUAUUAUACGUCAGCCCUGUGUUCAUUGGCUUUUGGACCCCCCGUAUGAUCACAUCCACAUGAUCGACAUGCAUAUCUUCUCUGGCAAUUUUUUGAAGAAAAACUAUUUUCGCUUCUCCA